AUGCAAUCUCUGUCAACAGACCUCGCACCCAGCCAAAGAGCAGCCAAUUUCACAGACACGACAGGCAAGACGAACAUCCUGCUCUUCGGUGCCACUGGAUAUGUCGGAGGUGCUCUAUUGAGCCGCCUUCUGAAGCGCCCGAAGGCAGAUACCUUCGAGAUCGUUACGCCCAUACGCGCUCUCUCGAAGGCGAAAGUUCUCGAGAAGCUAGGCGCGAAACGCGAGGUAGCCUCUCUUAGCGAGCAUGACAAAAUAGCUGCACUCGCCUCGCAAGCGGAUGUCAUUUUUAACCUAGCGAACGCGGACAACGUACCCGCCAUGAAAGCGGUAUUGAGAGGAAUGCGAACAGCGCACGAGACCACUGGCCAACUGCCUGUCCUCAUCCACACUGCAUGUUCUGGCACGGGAGAAAUAAUCGAGUUUGCGAAUGGGGAAUACGCCACUGACACCGUCUACUCCGACUUGAACAUCGAGCAGAUGAAAUCAAUCCCACCGGAAGCCCACCAUCGCAACGUCGACCUGGCGGUGAUCGGUGCAGAUGAGGAAGGCUACGCACGGACGUACCUCAUCUCGCCGGGAAUGGUGUACGGCAUUGCAUCAGCUCUCAUUCACGACGCCGGCAUCGCGAAGCGGUUCUCCAUCCAGAUCCCGGGGCUCGUGAAGCCAGCCUUGGCCAGGCGGCGCGGUGGAAUGGUCGGCCCUGGCAAGGCAGUUUGGCCACAUGCUCACGUUGACGAUGUGGCCGACAUGUCCAUCACGCUCUUCGAUGCGAUCUCCAAGAACCCACAGAGCGUCGGACACGGCUGGGAGGGCUAUUACUUCGUUGAGAACGGGCACGUCAGUCGGUACGAGAUCGGAAAGGCUAUUGGCCAGGCGCUAGUAGACCUUGGACUCGCGAAGGACGCUGAGCCUACGUCAUUUACUAACGAAGAGCUCGAGAACUACUGGGCGUCAGUGUCUACUGGCAGCUUCUUAAGCGGGACGACGUGUCGCACCCGCGCGGACCGGGCGCGCUCAAUCGGGUGGAAGUCCCAGAGCGCUGACGUGCUCGCGACAGUCAAGCCCGAGUCAAGCUGCAGUGGAAGAUGGCGCAGGAGAAAGGCGAGGUUGACUUCACAUUUGAGAGGGGCCUUGCCGAGUUGUGAAUUAAACAGUGACAUGUCCACCGCCGUUCGAGGCGUGCAGAAGAGGUAG